GUGCUGCGCUUCGAUCACGUGAAUGACGUCACCACACCCGAGCGUCGUCAUCGAACGAGAACACAACGAAGCGAGUGCCACGGAUAUUUUUCUCGAGGAAGUUUAGCUUACCCGACGAUCGAUCGUUCCAACAAGAGGAGAGCUUCUCGAAGCUAUUGCAGCGCACCGAGGUGCCAAGAUAUAGUGGUCGGGUUGAAAAACUUCCUCUCUCCGUGCAGCGACAUUUGAACAUCGUUCAAGUUGCGAACGUAGAGAAAUGGAACCUGCAGCGAUUUCGGUGCUGAAACGAGCGGUGGAGAUGGACGAGAAGGAGCAAUAUACGAAGGCGUUGAUAUUGUACGAGGAGGGUGUGCAGAUACUUCUCAACAUUGUAAAAGAAACAAAGGAAGCAUCCAAGAAGGGACACUUUACUACUAAGGCAAAGAACUACCUGGAAAGAGCUGAAAAGCUAAAGAGUUUCAUUCAUGCGAGGAAGUUGGACGGCUUAUACAGGGAGUCGACGAGGAUUGAGAAUGGAUCGACAGGACACAGUUAUGCAAGUGUUUUUGGCAGAUUUUUAGACGGUACCGUUACUUACAUCAAUAUCGAGGAUCCAUAUAUAAGAACCUUCCAUCAAUGUCAAAACUUGGUCAGGUUAUGUGAACUGGCUGUCCAAAAAUGUUGCACAUUGUCCAGGAUAUCUCUGCUUACGACUUACGAUUCAGUAGAUAACAAUCAAAUCACAAGAUUGGCGGAGUUGAAAGAGAAUUUGGCGUCUCAUAAAAUCUCUUUCGAUUUCUCCUUCUCCGAGACAUUGCACGACAGGAAAAUCUCAUUGAGCAACGGAUGGAUAAUAAAAAUCGGACGCGGAUUAGACUACUUCAAAGCGCCGGAUGGCAAAUUCGUCCUCGGUAUAUGCGAUCUGGACUUGAGGCCCUGUUUGGAGACCACAGUGGACAUUUUCCACAAAGCACACCUUCAGGAUAGUGGCAGUUAGAGGGCGGGACUAGCCCAGGGCUACCGCGCGUGCAGAGGAAGAGGAGAGGAAGGUAUCGAGUAGGGGCAGCCCUGUGGGUGUGCGCUAAUAAAGCGGAGUCCUUAUGACUGCUCACACGCAGCUAUAUUUUCUGGUAAUUUUACAAACUCGCAAACGUAACAAAGGAAAACUGUGUGCUAAAGGCUAAGAACGUGGCGUAGAACAAAAUGGCCGCGACGCUGAACGAAAUGGCCGCAACGUGAGACGCAGAAAUCGGAACGCUAUAUACAGUGAAUUCGGCCCGCUAGGACGCGGAGCCGGCUCUUUUUUCUCACGCAGGGAGAGAUACGAGACGCAGGCCGCUCAAGGCGUCGCGAGGGCGGCGAUCGCGACGGAGGUCGGAGGGCGACGGUCGCGGGAGCGAUCGGCGACGAGGGAGCGUCGCGAGGUCACUCGCACCCGCGGGCUGACGCGGAAUCGCGAGCGACGGAACGAAGGCACUGGCACGCACUAGUUCGUAGUGUCGGUAGCGGAACGUACAAGAGUGGACAGCAAGGAACACUCACGAUCACGUCCGUGUUGUCCAGAGUCCGAGAAGGAAGAGAGCGAGCUGGGGUCCUGGCACGACCGCCGGGACGCUUCGAAACAGAACACGAUCGCGCCACAGAACACGUGCUUGGCCGUCGUUUGGUGUCGCGUGACCCUCGCGUGGUUCCGGCGGUGCGCGCGACGCGCCGGAAAAGCCGGAUGGCGCUCGAGCCGGUCAGAAGACCGGGCGCGGUUGCAGAACUUGUUUUCGCGUAUGUGAGGCCGCUCUGGGCGGUGGCGCCGCCGGUGACGGCGCGCGAGGUUCGACCGCCACAUAUCUGUACAUUUCUUCCUAACAACGAGACAGUACUUUUACAUUAUAAAUGUAAUGUAAAUUGUAAUUACAGCUUAUUGUUGUACAAUAUAUA